UGGUGUUGAUAUAUUUCCUUAGUAUACAAUAAUCGGAUAUAGUUUAACAUGCAAAAACUUUUGGUGUUUUAUGCGGAGUAUAAUGCUACUAAUUUUGUUAUAAUUUUUAUUAACGUUUAAUUAAAAAUAUUGAUGGUCAAAAGACGAGUCAUACUACAAAAAAAAAAAAAAAAAAAAAAAAAAACGCGAAAUCAUUCUUACAAAAAAUCGAAAUUGAAGGGUUUAUGUUUAUCUACGUUUUAAUCUCUCCUCCCGACUCACUCACUCAGUCAACACCUAUUUCAACUCGUUCUCAAAAAUGAAGUAUUUACGAUUCAUUUCACCCAAAUUCUCAACUCUUCGACAAAACCCUAGCCUCGAGUUUUUAGGGUUUAUCCAAUCAUCAAAUGCAAUCUCCUCGCGCAAUCACAGCACCACUCCGGCUCACGAAUCGUCGCCAAAACCACCGUUACCAGCGCCGAAGAUCACAGAAAUCGCCAACGAAAUCUCGAAUUUGACAUUGCUAGAAGUGGCAGACUUGACAAGUUUGCUUGGGAAGAAAUUGGAGGUUAAAGAUUUGCCGAUUGUUUCGUUGAUGAUGCCGGGAAUGGGGUUCAGUCUCCGAGGAAUGGGUGGCGCUGGCGGCGGUGCUGCGGCUGCGCCGGUGGAGGAGGUGAAGAAGGAGAAGACUGUGUUUGAUUUGAAAUUGGAAGCCGGGUUCGAGGCCGGGGCGAAGAUUAAGAUUAUUAAGGAGGUUAGGAGUUUUACUGAUUACGGUUUGAAGGAGGCUAAAGAGCUGGUGGAGAAGGCUCCGGCGGUGUUGAAGACCGGAGUUUCGAAGGAGGAUGCGGAGAAGAUUAUUGAGAAGAUGAAGGCAAUUGGUGCGAAAGUGAUCAUGGAGUGAGGUUGGUCUCUGAUUUAGUUAGAUUUUUUGCCUGAGGAAGGUUGGCAGAAUGAAUAAUUCCCCUCUCUAAUUUGUGGUAUCUCUAAGCCUGCCAACUCUUGCUGCAUCAUUUUCCAUGCUUACAAAGGGCUGCGGUCGAGAUAAAUUAAUAUUUCAAUGAUAUCUCUUGGAGUUUCCAUCAAGCCUGAAGUGCUGGAUAGAAACUUGUAUGUUUUUUCAUAUAUUCAUGGUUUCACUGAGAGUAGGUGAAAAUGUUAGAAAAUUUUGCACUUCAAUCACGCACUUUACAAAUCUGUGAUGGUUACUGGCUUACUGCAAAAUAAUAAACAUCUCCAUUCUUAUAUAUGGUCGUAUUGUUUUCAUUAA